CCACAGUGCAAGGUACUCUUUGCCUGGUACUACCUUGACCUAAUGAAUGUGUGGACGUUAAGGGGUUCUGCUGUGGGCUGUCUGUAAGUAACUGUGAAAUCAACCCAAACGCAGCUUCUUUAAAAAUAACAAAACCACAAAGAUCAAUCAGACCACGAACACAGGAGUAAAAAUAAGUAAUGCGUGUUCAAGACAAGACACACGUACCUGAGGUAUUCAUUAACUUCCAGUAAAUAACGUCACAGUCUGAAAGAGAGGCUAGCAUCUGGUAUGGCUCGUGGUUGAACAUCAUCUUAAACAGGAGCAGUUUUAAGCAGGCUUCUUUUAGACUUUCCAGGAAGACAAAAAAAAAUCAACCUAGGUGCAUUUAAAUUUAGUGUGCAAACUUAUCCUUUUGGUAUUGCACACUGAAGAGGUGCUUUUCACCCUGUAAACCUGUUAGUCUUCCCUUGUUAAAACCAUACAGCAAAGCUCCUUGGUGUGUGUGGGUGUGCUGGGUUUUACUCACAGUUUUGCAGGAGUACCUUGACUUCUGGGCUUCGGAGGUUCGGCUGGGUUGAUGGGAUGUGAAAAUUGAGGAAUCCUUUUAAAAGCAGGCAUGUUGAGCAAACAGGUUCUCCUUUUUGCUCUAGUGGUGGGGCUCAGGGCUCAAGAAACUCAACCUUCUGAGAGAGGGAUUAGAAAUCUCUACCAGCCCCCCUUGAUCAGUGCACUGGUGGGAGAGACAAGAACAGUAAACUGCACCUUUGAGCACACGGAGAGUGAGGGGGCUUCCAGCAAAUGGGAAAGAAUGACUUCAAACCAAACAGUUGACACGGUUUCUUUAACCUGCAAUGCACUGAUGACGGCGUGCACUGUAACAAUGGAAAUCAAGAACCUCACACUCCAGCAUGCUGACACCUACGUCUGUGCAGUAAAGCUACUGAAUACUUCUGCAGAGAAGACAGGCAAUGGGACAAGAAUAAUUGUUUAUGAAAAAGAGAUCUCUGUCGAGGAGGUGGUGGUUGCGGGCAAGGAGGUGGAGCUGAACUGCUCUGCCACUGGGUUUUACCCGGAGGAGAUCUCAUUCAACUGGACAAGGGGAGCACUCCACAGUGUCGUGCAGAACAACACAGACAACCACGCCGACGGGACCUUCAGCGCCUACAGCCGGCUUAGAUUCACCCCUGACUCCAAGGACAACGGGGUUACUGUGGGGUGUCACAUCAACCACAGCUCACUCACAGAGACCCUCACGCGACUGACUACGCUGAAUGUGACAUAUAGCCCCAGAUCCUUCAACGUGACUUACAGCAUCGAUUCACAGCCUCCACGGCCUGUAGAGCAAGGAGGAAUCAAUGCCCCUGAGAUGUCAACCCUGAGGUUGCGCUGUGCAGUCGAGAGCAAUCCACAGUCAUCUGUUUCCUGGCUGAUAGAGAGCAUUUCCACAGGAGAUUUCAAAUCAACCAACGGUUCAGAUCUGCUGAUAGAUGGAGUGAAGGAUGAGGGGACAUACUGGUGCAUGGCAAAUAACAGCAACGGAGCAAGGAACAGCAGUGUGGCAGUACGGGUUAAACACAAAGUUGCAGUGCCUUCACUUCCUUUCAUUUUCAUCGUGGUUCUGACUUCCUUUACUGUCUUGGUGAUUAUAGUGGCCAUAAUAAACAGUAAAUCCCAGGAUAAAAGGAACCCAAAAGGACACCGUGUAAACAGCACUGAAACUAACCAUGCAGGACUGGAAACGUCAAUUCAACCAGAAGUGCGGUACGGGUUAAUAUACAAAAGGCGGGAAAUGAAGGAUCCCAGAAAGGCAGAGAAGCAGGAGGUGGUCUAUUCUGAAGUAAGAUUUGUAAUGGGCACGCCCCAGCCAAAAGCCCGCUGCCAACUGCCUACGGAUCUGGGCUCGGAAGACUCAAGCCAGACGAAUACUGUGUGCGCUCUGGUCAAUCUCUCCAAUGGACCUGACAGAGAGUGAAGAAACACUGCAUUGACCUUCCCAGGUGCUGUGCAGACGGCAGCUCACAGAUGCAACGUUGUCUUUGCUUGUUUGUCUGAAAGCGAAUGAAUGUUUGCAACUGGUUAUGCCGGUACAAGAGUUCUGCUGUUUGAAGAGCAGGAUCGAUUGAGGGUUGUCCGCGUUUCAAAAUGAAUUCCAUUGUUGUAUACCUAUGCUGUGUGAAUAUGGCUUUAUGUGUGCGUUUCAAUUUG